AUACACAACACAUAUGUAUACACAGCAUGUAACGCGAUGUGCCCAUAAAUCUACAAACAGAUAUUUUUUCACUCCAGAAAUCCAUUAGAUCUUCUUUGGGAGUUCUCUGCACGGAAAUGGAAGCAGAAUCCACAGCACCUCAAGAUUCACGCAGAGAAAAUCUGAAGGAUGCCGGAUCAGUGGCGACGGAGGGAAACCGUGCGGGCAGGAUAGCUUUCGGGGCAACGUCGUCGAGGUCGGGGGUUGGUUGUACGUGCUCAAGCCAGCCCGGUGGAACGAGAUGCAGACGGCACGGGUACAUGGUGCCGAGCAAUGAGAGGCUGAUGAGGAGGAGCCAUGGAAGCAAAGAAAUCCUGCGGAGAGCACUUUCGCCGCCUAAUCGGAGGUUGAGUCUCAGGUGGUGGAAUUUCCGGCCGACGCCUAGUCGUCUCUCUAACAUGUCCAUGGCCUGAUUGAUUGAUUAUCUCCUCUUUAAGUUGUUUAGGGUUUUUCUUUUUGUUUUGGUAGAUUUGAUUGAGAAGAGAGCGGGUGAGCGGAAUCCAGUGAAACUUAAUUUGGAAUUCUGGUGGUAUGUGUGUAUAUACAUAUAUCUAUUUAUAUGAACGGAUGAUUUUGUGUUUGAUCUUUACAUACAUCGAA